AACAAAAAGCAAUCACCCAAUCCCAACCGUUGAACCCCUUUCGUCAUUAUCACAAUUUUCGUCUUCUCCGUACUACACGCGCGCACCAACUUACGCUCACGCCACUCCUCCCUUCUUUCCUUUCUUCACCCCUAGUUUCUCUCUCUUACAUUAGCAAAAACCAAAACCCGAAAAAACGCACAGCACAGCAUCGAGCACAGCAACACCUGAAAAAGGAAGGGUUAGUGAGUGUGUGUGUGGAAAUUGUCAUCGCUCGCAAGAGCAACAACAACUAGUACUUAAAGAGACAGAGAGUGUGCACAUCAAUGUCUGCUCAGGUCGGUGUCAGGACACGAGCCCAAGCCGCAUUAGCCAUGGAAGCUGUUAGUUCUGCUGAACCAUCAUCCAAGAGAAAGAAGAUCAGCAACAGUACUAACCAAGAGCCAAAACUCUCCAAGACUCCGAGAACGAGUUCUUCCUCCGCUGUCAAACCAGCGACGGUGACGGAGAUGGUUCAGCCGGUGUCGCCGGAGAUGGUUCAGCAACGCUGCCUGAGCCCUACCUCCAGUGAAAUUCCGGCGUCUUGCUGCUCCAGCAACGGAUCCAUUGGCCUCGAUCAGGACAGGAUCAAGCUCUUAGAUCUGGAGGUGGAGAGCGCGCAAGUUGAAACGUCGACGUGCAAUGGUGGUCAUGAAAUUGAGAGGAGAGAGAUGAAACGUUCCAGCGAGCUUCGCGAGAAUUCUCAGGAGCCGGAGCCAAUGGAGAUCAAUUCUCACCGUGUCUUAUCAAAGGCAAAAGCCAUGCCUACCGAAUUGGAGCUCGAGGAAUUCUUCGCUGCCUCGGAGAAAGACAUUCAGAAACGAUUUCAAGACAGAUACAAUUAUGAUAUUGUUAAGGACGUACCGCUGGAAGGACGCUACGAGUGGGUUCAGUUGAAGCCUUGAACGUGUGCGUCCCAGUUCGUAUCGCCAUCGAAGAAGAAAAGCUCCGAUCAAAUUGAACAUGUCAUUUUGGCCUAUUUAUAUAUUGUUAAUUAAGUCUAGUCUAGGUCUUUGAUUUCAAUCUAAAUUAUCUUUUUAAUUUACACCAGCCAAGACUCUUUUAUGAUCUGGUGUACAGCUUUUUUAUAUUUAUUUCGGUGUGGUUAGUUAUUGGUUAAGGGUAAACAGGAAUGAAUUCAGCUUCGUUUGUUCUCUGUACGGAGAGCAGCUUAAAGCUAGCUUGUGCAGAAAAAUACUGUAAAUUCCCUUUGGUGAAGAAGAACAAACGCUUCCAUUUUACAGACUUCAA